AUGCCUUCCUACACCGUGACCGUGGCCACCGGCAACCAGUGGUUUGCUGGCACUGACGACUACAUCUACUUGACUCUCAUGGGCUCUUUGCGCUGCAGCGAGAAGCACCUGCUGGACAAGCCAUUCUACAAUGACUUCGAGAGGGGGGCGGUAGAUUCUUAUGAUGUGACUGUGGAUGAAGAACUGGGAGAGAUCCUUCUGAUCAAAAUUGAAAAACGAAAGUAUUGGCUCCAUGAUGAUUGGUAUCUUAAGUAUAUCACUUUGAAAACUCCCUAUGGAGAAUACAUUGAGUUCCCCUGCUACCGCUGGUUUUCUGGAGAGGGAGAAGUUGUCCUCCGUGAUGGGAGAGCAAAGCUGGCUAAGGAUGACCAAAUUCACCUCCUCAAGCAACAUAGACGCAAAGAACUAGAAACUCGACAGAAGCUCUAUCGGUGGAUGGAGUGGAACCCUGGAUUUCCCCUAAGCAUCGAUGCCAAAUGUCAUAGUGAUUUACCACGCGACAUCCAGUUUGAUAGCGAGAAAGGGGUGGACUUUGUUCUAAACUACUCCAAAGCGAUGGAGAAUCUCUUAGUGAAUCGCUUCAUGCACAUGUUCCAGUCUUCCUGGAGCGACUUCGCAGACUUCGAGAAGAUUUUUGUCAAGAUCAGUAACACCAUUUCCGAGUAUGUCAUGCAGCACUGGCAAGAGGACUUCAUGUUCGGCUACCAGUUUCUGAAUGGAUGCAACCCAGUCAUGAUCCAGAGGUGCACCAAGAUCCCCGAGAAGUUGCCAGUCACCACAGAGAUGGUGGAGUGCAGCCUGGAGCGGCAACUCACCUUGGAAGAGGAGGUCCAGCAAGGGAACAUCUUCAUAGUGGAUUAUGAACUUCUGGAUGGCAUCGAUGCCAACAAGACUGACCCAUGCACAAUGCAGUUCCUGGCAGCCCCCAUCUGUCUGCUGUACAAGAACCUACAGAACAAAAUCGUCCCCAUUGCCAUCCAGAUUAACCAAAUUCCAGGAAAUGAUAAUCCCAUUUUCCUUCCUUCUGAUGCAAAGUAUGACUGGCUUCUGGCCAAAAUCUGGGUUCGAUCUUCUGACUUCCAUGUCCACCAGACCAUCACCCAUCUCCUACGAACACAUCUCAUGUCUGAGGUGUUUGGCAUUGCCAUGUUCCGGCAGCUCCCGGCCGUGCACCCUAUUUUCAAGCUCCUGGUGGCUCAUGUGCGCUUUACCAUCGCCAUCAACACCAAAGCCAGAGAGCAGCUCAUCUGCGAGUGCGGCCUCUUCGAUAAGGCCAAUGCCACUGGCGGUGGAGGCCACGUGCAGAUGGUGCAGCGGGCCAUGAAGAAUCUGACGUACCAGUCCUUGAUCUUCCCUGAAGCCAUGAAGGCCAAAGGCAUGGAGAGCAAAGAAGAUAUUCCCUAUUACUUCUACCGAGACGAUGGCCUCAAGGUCUGGGAAGCAAUUCGGAGCUUCACAGCCGACAUAGUGGAGAUCUACUAUGAGAGCGACGAGGUGGUGGCAGAAGACCCGGAGCUCCAGGACUUUGUGAAUGACGUUUACGUCUAUGGGAUGAGGGGCAAAAAGGCUUCAGGAUUCCCCAAGUCCAUCAAGACCAAGGAGAAACUGGCAGAGUAUCUGACAGUGGUGAUCUUUACUGCUUCUGCCCAGCAUGCUGCAGUGAAUUUUGGGCAGUAUGACUGGUGCUCCUGGAUCCCGAAUGCCCCACCAACCAUGCGGGCGCCUCCCCCGACUGAAAAGGGCGUCGUCACCAUCGAGCAGAUCGUGGACACCCUGCCGGACCGGGGCCGCUCCUGUUGGCAUCUGGGAGCCGUCUGGGCGCUGAGCCAGUUCCAGGAAAAUGAGCUGUUCCUGGGCAUGUACCCGGAGGAACAUUUCAUCGAGAAGCCAGUCAAGGAUGCCAUGGUCAGGUUCCGAAAGAGCCUUGAUGGCAUCGUCAGCGGGAUUACGGAGCGGAACAAGAAUAAGAAGCUGCCGUAUUACUACCUAUCCCCAGACCGCAUCCCCAACAGCGUGGCCAUCUGAGCCAGCCCAGGCUCUGGCUUGGGGGGUCAGGAGGGGAAUAUUGUCUCACUGCAUGAAGGCCUUUGACUCCUUGGAGGUCAGGGCAGGGGGUUCUGCGCUGUGUCUACUCCUGAGCAAUCUUUUUAGAAAGAACCUCUCAGGAUGCAUUAUCCAGGCUAGGUAGCCUCCGAUGCCACACUUGAGGUGCCUAGACAGUAUCAUAUGAUAAAAGCAGCUGCCAUUCUGGCAAGGGCCUUCCCUACAGAGGCCAGAUGAGAUCUCCUGCCAAGUUUAGAAACUGCAACCCUCCCUCUCAGUUCCCAUCAGGUACAACUCCCCACUGAGGAAGUUCUGUCUUCCCCACAGCACAUGAGGUUCCAACUAUCACAAAAUAAAUUGGAGAAUGGCAUUUUCUGGCAUGGAAGACGUGCACUGUUAUAGAAGUGAGUCACUGAGUCCCCUGCAUCCCCUGCCAAGGGCCUCCCCCUGGACAUCAGCCUGUUGGGCCUGUCCUGGCUCUGUUUCCAGGGCUAAAAUGGAGGCCCAGGACUGACUGACCUGAACUCAUUGAGACAAGCCAUGAUGGGAGUUCAGCCACUUAUCCGAAAUGUCCAGUUUAAUGGAAUCAUUCAAGAGCCCCUAGACCUCCUGGCAGGAGCCUGGCUGUGUGGCCUUCCCCUCCCCCCACCCCCAUCCCAAGCAGAAAUUCAGUCAUGGCUUUGGUAAUGCUAAGCAGCAGCAGCAGCAGCAACAACAGUGCACCUUCAGUGGGGCAGGGGGCUUUAAAAUGUGGCAGAGUGUUCCUUGGGGGUUUUUCCUCCAUUUUUCUUGUUAUUAGAUACAAUUAAAAGAUUCCUACAUUUCCAUUA